AUGGCAGCAGCUAACAAAAUCAGUGAGAAGAAGAGCAAGUUAGCCAUUUACAAAGCAAACAAACCACUAAAACAGCAUAAAAAACUAAAGCGGCAGAGAGGUACGAUUUUAAAAAUAGAAACUGUUACUGCAAUGGUUUGCCUAGCCAAGCUGAAAACCGUGUCAGGAGGGAGCGCCCAUCGUCUCCGGAAAAGCCUUUUGGUUGGAAGCUGCCUAGAGUGUCUGGGGCAACCCAGUCAGAUGGGCAGGGUUUAAGUAAUCACUUUACUGGUUAAACCAGCCUUAGAAUGUAGGAAUAGCCCUGCUAGAUCCCACAGAGACAACCCAGAUGCCUAUGGGAAGCCCACAAGCAGAGCGUGAGAGAAGUAGCCCUUUCCCUGUGCUUUUUCCCAGUGACUUCAGCAAUGUCUAGGCAACACGUAAUAGACAAUCUUUAUAGAAUUCCUUCAAAUCAUAAAAAGUUCAAAAUGAAAUCUUUAGUAUCAAAGUCUCUGAAAAGCUUUAAAUGAAGCGAGGUACCAAACUUUGUACGGUGGAAGACAAGCUGUGAAGCUUUGUGUAUUCAACAAUGAUUCCCAACACUGAACAGUAAUUCCGGAUAUUGACUACUGUUUCAUAUAAUUCUUUGUCAGCGUGGUGGGUGGAUAUAGAAUGCUUCAUAAACCCAUCUUAUUUCGAAUGAAUGUACAGUGGUACCUCUGGUUACGUACUUACCGUAUUUUUUGCUCUAUAAGACUCACUUUUUCCCUCCUAAAAAGUAAGGGGAAAUGUGUGUGCGUCUUAUGGAGUGAAUGCAGGCUGCGCAGCUAUCCCAGAAGCCAGAACAGCAAGAGGGAUUGCUGCUUUCACUGCGCAGCGAUCCCUCUUGCUGUUCUGGCUUCUGAGAUUCAGAAUUUGUUUUUUCUUGUUUUCCUCCUCCAAAAACUAGGUGCGUCUUGUGGUCUGGUGCGUCUUAUAGAGCGAAAAAUACGGUAAUUUGUUCCAGAGGUCCGUUCUUAACCUGAAACUGUUCUUAACCUGAAGCACCACUUUAGCUAAUGGGGCCUCCCGCUGCUGCCGUGCCGCAGCAGCGCGAUUUCUGUUCUCAUCCUGAAGCAAAGUUCUUAACCCAAGGUACUGUUUCUGGGUUAGGGGAGUCUGUAACCUGAAGCGUAUGUAACCUGAAGCGUAUGUAACCCGAGGUACCACUGUAUAUAAAUGAAAAUAUCAAAUGCUGUGGAACAGUGCUCAGUUUCCCAGUGACUGGCUUUCAGGGUCAUACUUCUCAUGCUCAAGGCAGCAUACAGCCUUUGCGACUAGCAAGGGGCGUUGCCUGGAGGGGGCUGGGGGGCCACGACCCUGGGUGCAUUUUUGAGAGGGGGCGCAACCAGCUGCCCCCUUCCCAGUCUCCCUCAUUGGACUCUGGCUCCGGAGGGCAAGGGAGCUGCCUUGCACCCAGCCACAGCUCUGCUCCUGGGUCAGGUCUGACCCGGGAGGCGGAGAAAAGGAGGAGAAUUGCAGUUGCCACCCCUCUCCUCGGCUGGGCAGCGCCGUACCCGACCCAGGCAGCGGGAACGUAUGCUCUGCUGUUGCAACUAGUAGCUGUGUGGUGACACUACUUUCCAUUAAUUUGUCUUGCCCCUUUUAUAUAAAGCUGUCCAAGUUGGUGUCCAUUGCUAAAUCCUGUGGCAGCAGAUGCCAUCAUUUAACGAGGGAGCGUGCCCUUUUGCCUCUCCUUAAUCGCCCACCAUUCAUCGGCUGAGUCCAUGCUCUAGUAACAUGAGAGAGGGAGGAUAAGCCUUGGUCAAUAUCAUGCAUCUCUACCACAUCUCCUCUUUAUCCCUGUGCUUUCCAGGCACAGGACAAGCGUGGAUGGGCCCUCAGUUUCUAAGCCUAUGUUCCUAAGCCUAGGUCAGCCAGCCAGCCAGCAGGGACUUCCUGAUAGGGUCUCCCUUGUGUUAAAUGAACAUGGACAAUUCACACAGAAUAGUGAUCAGCAACAAAAGACUCCUGAGCCAAAACUGGUCCCUUACCCCAGUUGUCAAACUAGAAAGGAAAAAAUAAUAGCAACUGGCAGCUAUGGCAAUGGCUCGCCGCUCCAAAAGGGUGUGGGAGAAUGUGAUGCUUACGACCAAAACCAAGAUGAAGAUCUACCAGGCUUGUUCUGUUGAGCAUGUUGCUUUAUGGAAGUCUUGGGCAACUUGGAACCGCCAAGAGCAGCACCUCAACACCUGUCAAGGUUCAGAGAAUCCUAUCCCUCCCCCAGUGGCAGCAAAAGAAAGCAGGUAACGAGAAGAGUCCUUGCUACGGAAUUUAUUCUGGAUUUACAGAGAGAGAGAAAGGAAUGUAAAGGUAAAAGGACCCCUGACCAUUAGGUCCAGUCACGGACGACUGGGGUUGUGGAGCUCAUCUCGCUUUAUUGGCUGAGGGAGCCGGCGUACAGCUUCUGGGUCAUGUGGCCAGCAUGACUAAGCCGCUUCUGGCGAAACCAGAGUAGCACACGGAAACGCCGUUUACCUUCCCGCCGGAGCGGUAUCUAUUUAUCUACUUGCACUUUUGACGUGCUUUCAAAGUGCUAGGUUGGCAGGAGCAGGGACCGAGCAACGGGAGCUUACCCCGUCACGGGGAUUCAAACCGCCGACCUUCUGAUCGGCAAGCCCAAGGCUCAGUGGUCUAAUAAGUAGUCCCUAUUAAUUAAUGGUGUUGCUCCAAGUAAUCUCCUCCCCCCCCUUUUACUCUCCGUCAUCUGCAGCUCCACCCCUCAUACGGUGGCUGUGUAAGGCCCUUUCCGCUUUCUGCUCUUCCCAUUUCACAGCCCUCCUGGUUCUAGGAGAAGGGGGGUGGGAAUGCUUUCUAAUGAUAACGUGUUAGCCAGCUGUUCUGGCUCUGAUGUUUCCCCCGCCUCCCCUUCCAUUAUCUCUCAUCUGUGUCUUUCUUUCGUCUCAGAGUCAUGACCUUCUGUUGUUGUAAAUCUAUACUGUCCUUUUUUCGGGAAGGUUUGUCGGGGGCAGCCUCCACCAUUCCUCUUCAGCCCAGUCCCCGACAACACCUGACACAUGCACUGCAUCACAUUCUCAGCAUGUUUGCUCUCCUGUCUCAGCAGCCUCUACGCUGGCUUGGUCACGUCCACAGAAUGGAAGAAGGCAGGAUCUCCAAGGAUGCUGGGGAGCUGGCUUCAGGCACCAGGUCCAUUGGCCGGCCAACUCUUGUGUUACAAAGAUGACAUGAGGGCUGGCAACGUCAACCCUGCCAUGUGAGAACCCCUUUCAGAUGACUGUGGUGCCUGAGACAGGUCACGCAUCCACAGAAGUAACCAGAGGAGGAACGAAUGCUGGGAGGAGCGCAGAAAGAAGGAAAACCAUGAUACAGAAACCUUCAUCAGCACAACCGGACGCCUUCAUCUGCCCCAGCUGCAACAAAACAUCCUUCUCCUGUAUCAGUCACUACAACCGCAGCAGGCACAGUAACCUUCCAAUAGUUUGACUUCACCCCCAACGGCACACUCCAUUGUCUCCCCGAGACAGACAGAUGCCAACAACAAUGGAGAAUUGGUGGCCCUCUAGUAACCCCUGGGGAGCAGGGAGAGUUUCCGUAUCUUCAUCUCCAUGUAAAACAACCUCCUCCUCCACAGACCUCCAGAGCAGAUGAUGUUUCUGAGCUUUACAAACAGGUAAUUCAUCCGAGCAGGUCUCAUUUAAAAGCUAAGAAGUAGAGUUUUAUUGGUAUAUUUCACUAUAACCACCAGUAAACCACCCAGGCCAGAAGCACAGAUCAGGGUGUACAUUUAAUUAACCAAGUAAUAAGCUGUUUGUGUGGGGUUCCAUAAGUUCAGAAUCUGGUGGAUCAAAUUAAUCCCCAUUUUACCCUGCGGAUUGAACAGGGAGCUGGGAAUUGGAUCCCACUCAAUAUUUCUGUCUCUUUUCGCAGGGCAAUCUUGCCUGCCCGGGGUUACCCUUCUGCUGGAUUGGUGUAUCUUUAUCACCACAUGAGGGUGGAGGGCCACUUAAUUAAUUUUUCAAAGAGCUCUGAGCAAAGGGACCCAUUAGAGUACAAAGCUGCGUUAAUUACACAUCUCUCAUCUUAAGUAUUUUAAUAAACUCUCUUUCGCAGUAACAAUUAACAGCAUUCCUCUCAACAGACACCGGCGAUUUGUUAGGAGUCGGCAAGUACAGGUCACUGCAGCAUGUGGUGUGUCUGAAUAGGAACCUAAAAAUCAGCAUUUUCCCUUCACAGCUUGGAUAACAAAUAUAGAAACACUUGUGACCCCCCCCCCCAUAACUUUAGAUGUGACUAAAUCCCACAGUUUCCUGCAUGUGACAUGGUGCGUUGAGUACAUGGAUUCUGUAGGGGAGAAAUAUUUUCCUAAAAAGUUCUAAGCAAUCAGCUGCUUUUGAACCUUUUAACAGCUUAGCAUGAAUGCAGUAGCAUGGGGAUACAUACUUGACUUCACUUAAUCUUUCUUUCAUAACAUUUGUACGCUACUUGAUUGUAAAAACACACACACAACCUCAAAGAAGUUUACCAAAAAUAAAACAGUAAAAUUGAAGGGAGGGCGGAAUCACAAACAUACUUUAAAACAUACAAAAGUUUAAAAACUAAAACAAAUUAGAAUUACCUCAACUUUCUAAGGGUCUGGGUAAUAAUUCAUUUAUACCCUGCCCAUCCGGCUGGGUUUCCCCAGCCACUCUGGGCAUCUCCCAACAGAAUAUUAAAAACACGAGAAAACAUCAAACAUUAAAAGCUUCCCUAAACAGGGCUGCCUUCAGAUGCCUUCUGAAAGUCACGUAGUUGCUUAUUUCCUUGACAUCUGAUGGGAGGGCGUUCCACAGGGCAGGCGCCACCAUCAAGAAGGCCCUCUGCCUGGUUCCCUGUAACCUCGCUUCUCGCAGGGGGGGAACCACCGGAAGGCCCUUGGAGGAGGACCUCAGUGUCCGGGCUGAAUGAUGGGGGUGGAGACACUUAUCUAAACAAUGUUUUUAGCAGGCGCUCCAAAAAGAGUACAGUGAAGGCAUCUGCUUGAUCUCAAUAGUCCCCAUCUCUUAACAGAUGCAUGUCUGUUCCAUUGAACAUCCUAUUGAGUUCAAUUGAAUUGACUUGCAGGAAGGUUGGCUAAGAUUGCAAUCUAAAAUGAGGGUGACGUGGGGUUCUUUCCUCUUACGGUUAUUACUUAGAGCCUCCAUGUUGGUUAUUAAUAAUAAAUUCAAAACUGUAUGAUUCUUGAAAGCAUGCCAGUUGAGAAUCAAGCCUAAAUAAAGUGCAGCAAAUGAUUAAUUAAAAACAACCAACAAUUUGUUAAAUACAAGUUCUCAUAAAAACUGCAGAAAGCAAGCAUCAUCUUGGAAAAAAACCAGCAUUCUAGGGUAAAAAUAAAAUAAAAUGUAUUUACCCAGGAGGGAAGAAAAAUAAAUUUGGGAAAAAAACAAGUGGAAAUGCAGCAGCGCUGCUACUUUAGAGACUAUUAAAAAGGCCUAUUAAGAUGGGAUGUGUAUGUUUCUUAGACUUCCCCUAGAGAAUCCAACUAGCACUUUGCACAUCUCCUUUAACUGCUGUGCAAAUUGAGAGAAGCUUAAAUUCCAAUGAUCAAAUCCCAUUAGGCUGUCCUCUUCAGAUGUACUCUUUCUCUGUGAGUGGAAGAAAGCAAGGUCUUUUGCCUGUUUGUUUCUAUUUCUGGUGAUCGCCAAAGCAAGCAAGCAAGCUCGUUUGGGGAAGGCUGGUAAGAAAUAGCAUAAAAGCCCAAAACCUUUUAACACCUGAGGAGCCAGGCGUUCAGAAACAAAGCUCCUCCUGCUGCUGCUGCUGUCAGAUGCUUUGUUUUCCAAACCGCUGAAGAAGAAGAAAGUGCCUUGGUCCAAAAUUAGCUGGUCUUUUUCAUGCAGUGCCUAUCUUUAGAGGAGGUGUUGGUAGAACUACAAAAAUAGACCAUUUUCAGCAGCCAGUUUGUGUUAUAUUUAGGCAGUGGGAUGGUGGGGGUGCUCUAACAGGCACAGUGAGACAGUGACUCUUCCCCCUUUGGACUGUACAUUAAACAGAUAAGAGACACACGUGCUUGAGCUAUCCUAGGGGCAAAGAGAAUUGGUCCAAGAUGCAAAAGAAAUUGGCCUGCAGUGCUUACGAGGUGCAUGGGAAGAAGCAUUGGGGUAAAAGUAAUCUCCUUUGCAAACGCUUCUUGUUUUGGUUAUCUCCUGUCUUCAGCUGUCAGUUUAAUCGCCGAGCUGGAAAAACUGCCUUGGAGAGAGGGGGGGGGGUGUUUAUGCCAGGUGACUUCAAUAGGGGUUGGCAUAACGAUGUUUCAGAAUUCCGCUUAGAAUUUGUCGGGGCUUUUAAAGAAGGGGUCUAGCCUCUGGCAUUUUGGCACUCAAGGCAAAGCAAUGAAAUUCUUCCCAAUAGGAGAAUGCGGAACUAUUGAAUGGUCAUCGUGGGGACUGGGGUGGCACACAUCAUUUGCUUGCCAGUACUGCAAAACCGAUCACAACUUGAUGGCCACCAAGUGUCAGGCAAACAAUUCCAGCAAUUGAGAGCAUAGCUGUCAACCUUCCCUUUUUUUUGCAGGAAAUUCCCUUAUUCCAGCGCCGUUUCCCACUGCUUCCCGCUGCUAUCCCGGAUUGUUAGAUAUCCUGUAGACUGUCCCCAGGACAGGCGAGGCUGCUGAUCCCUUAUUUUCAAAUCUGAAAGUUGACAGCUAUGGUUUAGAGCACCACAGAGUUGCUGAGGUAGAGUAGGGUCCACAGCUGGUUGAACAGCAGUACCUAGUGUGUGUUCAUUGAAAGUAAGUGCCAGAGUGUGGUUAUAGGCAGGAUGAGGACCAAUAAGCUGAAGCUACAUCCUUUGUAGAUAGAGACACUGUGGUGGCCAGGUCUGAGAAUUGGGGAUUGUUCCUGUUCUGCAUGGGAUUGCACUCCUUCUGAAUGAACAGGUACAUGGUUCAUGGGUGGAACUUUGUCUAUGGAGGUCCAGGUAACCCUUACAUAAAAAGAGUGCCUGCCACCAGCUUUGGCUGGUGCAUCAACUGUGCCCCUUCCUGGACAGGGUUAGUUUAGCCUCUGUGAUACAUGUGCUGGUAAUAUCUCAUUGAGACUACAGUAAUGCACUCAUUGUGGGGCUUUCCUUAUGGGUGUUCUAGAAGCUGCAACCUGGGUGGAAGGUGGUCCCCCUUUCUGGGCACAUAUCACACCCAUGCUAAGCGAUCUGCAGUGGCUGCCUGUAAGCCACCAAGUCAGUUGUAAGGUCUUCUUGUUUUACAUAUGAAGCCCUAAACCACUCUAAACCAGACUACUUGACUUUGCCUGCAUUGCCCAGUAAGAGCAUUUAGAUAAAUGGAACACAGUUAGCCUUGCCAUGGGCUAAGGUUUAUCUAUCGGUUUGCAGUGAUGUGAGGCGGGCCUUUUCACUGGUUCUGUGGAAUGUCCUCCCUGCUGAAAUAGGAGAGGCAUUCUGCUAGCUUUGGGAGAUGAACCUGCUUACAUAGGCAUUUCCCAUCGCCUCUCAACCCAAAUCUCCUGUUUCAAUUACUGGGUUGUUUUAUUGUGCGUGCGGUAUAAUUGUGUGUUUUAAUGGUGGAUUUUUAUAUUUUAAUGCUUGUGUAAUUGUUUUUUAAAUGUGUAAAUUACUUAGAAGCCUAUUUCAGCAUCAAGUGAUAGAUAGAUAGAUAGAUAGAUAGAUAGAUAGAUAGAUAGAUAGACAGAGGCCUCAUCCCAACCUGGGGUAGGUGCAAAAUGGAUUUAUUUAUUUUUUUGCUUUUCAACUUUGGUGUAAAUGAUUUGGAUGAGGGCAUAGAGGGGAUGCUUUUUAGAAUUGCAGAUGUUGUGAGGCUGGUAUGGGUAGUUAAUGUCAUAGAAGACAGAAUCUAUAUUCAAAACAGUUUCUGUUCGUCUGGAACUCUGGGCCAUGAAAUUCAACAGAGAUAAAUGUAAUGUCUUGCAUUUAGAUUUUUUAAAAAUCAAAGGCAUGUUUAUGGGAUGAGGUAGACACCUCUGUAAUCCCAUCAGUGUUGGGCUCUGCUUUGAAGCUAGAAAAAAACUGUUGUAUCCAUAGAUGGCCUGAGAUGUCUGCUAUGUCAAUAGGCAAGAGAUCUGGUUGGUUUUGUGUGGGGAGCUGUGUGGCUUGCAGGCUUCCAGUGUACUGAGUUAGUGUGCCUGAGAUCCAGAAAAAAAUGCUUUCUGGGAGCACCUUUAAACAUGACUGUUUUCCUGCACAGGUAUCAUGUCUGUAUCAUAGAAUAUGUGCUUUUCUUCCACAUGGAAAUGUAGUAAUGUAAGAAAAUUGCCAUGUGAAAAGCAUGCAGUUGGGAUGAGCCAUCGGGUUACUACUACUACUGUCAAUUAGCACUUAAAUACUCUCUUGGCACUCAGCGGUUAUAAAUUAAUAAAUAGCAAAAACAGAAAUAUAAAUAUAAAUUAAUGCAGACAGGCUAAUUGCUAUCAAAAAGCUUACUAACCAGGUUUUCAAAAGAGCCCUCAAAACAGUGAUGGCUUUUUGUUAACUGGGCAGACACAUCCUCUAUAGCUAUCACAGUUUUAGGGAGUGACUCUUAUGGACUAGAACCACCUUUGAAAAUUGCAUCGGUUUCAGCCAUUUUUGAUGUAUGAGCCAAAGUGGACUGUCUUACCCAAUAACCAGUGCUCUUGCACACACACACACACACACAGGGGCGUAGGAAAGGGGGGCAGGCCGCCCCAGGUGCCAUCAUGGAGGGGGGUGACAAAUUAUCAAGGAACAAUUACUGCCCUACUAGGGCGGUUCAUAAAAAACUUUUUUUUAAAAAAAUGCCUGCUCCAAAGGUCUUUUCUUACUACACUAGGGAUUAUAUAGCUACAUAUGAAAUUUCAUGCAUAUCAGUUAAUAUCUUGACCCUCCUCCACGAAAAUAGCUGUUUACUUGGCCGUUUUCCUAUGUCGUGAAGGCUGAAAUUUCAACAAAGCACGUGCCUUUGCUAGACUCUUUUCGGGCACCUGCUAAAAGCAUUCUUCUUUAGGCAAGCAUACCUAGAUGCUUAGGAAGUUGAAGUAAUUUUAAUCUUAAUAUUUUAGCUUUUGUAUGUUUUAAAGUAGGAUUGUUAAUUUUUCUUGAUUUUACUGCUGUGUUUUUUUUGUAUUUUGUUUUGGUUUUUAAAAUAAAUUUUAUUAAAUAAAUAAACAAUAAAUAUAAACAAAACAACACAAGCCAAAACACAAUCCAUCCUGUAGAUUUAAGUAGUCGCCUACUUGUUAUCUGAGGCUCAGAAUCCACAUUCCUUUGUAAGAAAAUAUGAAAUAACGUAAAACCAUUUUUGCAGGCCAACUCCCCCCCCCCCAAAAAAAACCAACAAUGUGGGGGGGAAUAAGAAAUUUUCUGCACCGGGUACCACCUGACCUUCCUACCCCUCUGCACGCACGCACACACACACAUACACAGAGAGAGAGAGAGCGCAAAAGCCAUUCAUCCCAUGAGAAAAUAACCAGCAGCAUGUAGCAUUUGAGAUCUGUUGGCGAUAAAGUACUUUUGCAAUAAACUGCUUGGCCAAAGUAACUUUAAACAAGCCUGGUUUAUAGUGCCCUAGACAUACAUCCAGAGUUGCUUGCAUUGAGCAAUAAAACAAUCUGUUUCCCAAAAAAUAAAUAAAAAACAAGAGAUAACAUGCAUGCUUGCUAAGUCCAGUCUUGCCUGAGCAUUAAGCAAGUUAAGACCAAACCAAGUUGCAGGGCAAGGGAGGAUCAUUGACAGGCAAAUGAGCAAGGUUUUGGUGCUUCAUGUUCCAGGGACUCAGUGGCACUUUGCAGAACCGAGCAAAUAACUAAAAUAACACCCUCACUUUAAUUAAUACUCAUCCCUAGGAACCAAGGGCCUCAGGCCAUUGGUGGGUCAGGCUCUUUUUGACUAAAGUAACAGAGCCAGGAAUGGCAGCAGAAGCUACACUCCCACACUCCAACCCUCUGUUAUGGCAAUGGUACUUUUAUGUUGCUGUUGUAGCAGCACCAGAUUACUGUGCAAUGCUGCAAUUUUGAAAUGCACAAAGGCAGAAGGAAGUCCCUUCUUAAUAGAAUUUCGUUUGUGCAUAUAUUUUAGGGUGCAAAGAGGGAUGGAGUGCUCCAGUGGUCUUACGGGAUUUGUUUUUCAGAAACAUGAAAAUCUUCCCCCCUUUGUUUAAGGAGCUAAAAAUAUGCAAGAACCCUGGCCUUACUGCCUUAACGCGGAACCGCUGCAAAGGUAGCAUCAGAAGCAACCAAUUAGUUCAGCACACAGACUUGUUGAAAACAUAUUGUGAGCCAGAGGGCCGUACCUAAUUUGCACAGCUUAUUUACGUACUCCAAAUAUAAUUCACAUAAUAUUUGCACGAACUUGGUGGACUCCACACUGCUGGUGGACAUAUGGCAACACUUCUGCGAUGCCAUUUGUGCAAUUUCAUACGACAAGCAAGAAGUUGCAGCUAUUGGGGUGGAAUCCGUUGUUAUAUUUACACCAAAGGUUCGGCAAUUAACAUUUCCCUCGUAAAUAUAUGAACAGGUGGAGACGGUGGCAGACAAAGCAAGUCCUAAUGUGUGUUAGAAUUAGAGCAUAUGUCUUCUCUUCAGCUGAGGCUGGCUGAUCAUCAGAGUCCUGGGAUGGCUAUGCCCAAAUGAGCAAAGUUAUCGCCAAGAAAACAGGUUGGACUAAGAAAUGAUGAGAUGUGAAAGCAUAAACAAGGAGCCUUUGAGUGGUGCAAGUUUGGGAAAUUUAGACCCUGGACUUGAUAGUCUUACAGGGACUCUGCUUCUCUAUUCCUGGUAUGUUAGAGCAAAAACUCCUGGAAAUUUUUGGUUUGUGAGGGGAAUAAGGGACUCCUAAUAACUCUCAGCACCCUUAGCAAACUGCAGUUCCCAGGAUUCUUUGGCAGAAGCCAUGACUGUUUAAAGUGGCAUAAUACAGUGGUACCUCGGGUUACAGACGCUUCAGGUUACAGACUCCGCUAACCCAGAAAUAGUACCGUGGGUUGAGAACUUUACCUCAGGAUGAGAACAGAAAUUGUGCGGCGGCAGCGGGAGGCCCCAUUAGCUAAAGUGGUACCUCAGGUUAAGAACUGUUUCAGGUUAAGUACGGACCUCCAAAGCGAAUUAAGUUCUUAAACUGAGGUACCACUGCACUGCCUGAAACGUAUGGGACCUUAGAAAUGAGGGAGUGUUAACAACGAACCAUUUUCUCUAGCCACUAUUAUUCUGUAGAUUUAUAUUCCACUUUUCGACUCACAGCAUUUAUGAAACACAAGAAGAGCCACAUGCACACUAAACAAGACAACUAGCUCCACCGAGCCAGCACGAGAUGUUUCUUCCCACAGGGCAGAUGGUAUCAACAGGCCCUCAUGUUGUCUUCACCUGCCUCCAACUUAACAACGUGAUGACAUAAAAAUAGCCUGCUGGAUCAUGUCAGUGGCCUAUCUAGUCCAGCAUCCAGUUCUCACAGUGGCCAACCAGUUGCCUGUGGGAAACCAGGGAGCAGAACAAAAGCCCUCUCCCCUCUCAUGGUUUCCAACAACUGGUCUUCAGAAGCAUUUCUGCCAUCAACUGUAGAGGCAGAGCAUCAUGACUUGUAGGCAUUGAUAGGUUUAUCCUCCAUGAAUUUGUCCAAUCCUCUCUUAAAGCCAUUCAAGUUGGCCGAUUUUGCCCUUGACUCACUAAGACUAUUUUAACGCACUGGAUCAUCCCAAAUGACCCAAGAAUUAGACAAAUUUAUGAAGGUUGUAUUGCAAUAAAACUUUCCUGUGUAGGUGGGAAAUAAUGUUGGACACUUCAGUAGCAAAUAUUGACUUUUAUCUGGAAAUGAGCAGGAGGGAAGGAACAAAAUUAAAAGCAUCAUGCUAUAUAUAUAUAUAUUCAUGUAAGUACUUGUGCAAACCCAGUAUUCUAGUUUAAUAAGUAUAAACCUUCAGGGUGAGAACUUUGUGCUGCUAUUUAGGGAUAAUUUGGGGUAUUGCAAUAAAAAAAAACCUGUUCUCUUUUGUUCAGAUUUCCUGAAAAGUAAGAGUGAAAUGAUAAACCAACAUGUUUGCCUGUGA